AGUUGCUUUCGCUCCCUUCCCACUUCACCUGCCUCUUCGUCUCCAUUCAUCAGAGACACGAGGAGAGAGGAAUAGAAGGAAAGCAAGCUUCACAGGCUGCAAAAAUGGCGGAGAUACCAUCUCUGUUGUUUCUUCUUCCUCUUCUUCUUUCUUAUGUCUCUUUUUCUUCUUCUUCCACCAUACGUCUAGGCUCUGUUCUCUACGCCUCCAAUCCAGACCAGUCAUGGUCGUCUUCAAAUUCCGCUUUCUCCGUCUCCUUCGUUCCCACGGCUUCGUCUGGUUCCUUUCUCGCCGCUAUCGUCUUCGCCGGGAAUGUUUCCGUCUGGUCAGCCGGAACCGUUGACUCCGGCGGAUCCCUCCGCCUUCUCCCAUCCGGCUCCCUCCGCCUUCUCAACGGCUCCGGCGCUACAGUCUGGGAUUCAGGAAGCGAUCGUCUCGGUGUCGUUUCCGCGUCACUCGAAGAUUCCGGCAACCUCGUUCUCCUUGACAACCGGAGCAUCACCGUCUGGUCGUCCUUUGAUCACCCGACGGAUACGAUCGUUCAGUUGCAGAAUUUCACUGUCGGUAAGGUUCUCCGAUCUGGUUCUUACUCGUUUCAACUUCUGGAGAGCGGGAAUUUUACCCUUAGAUGGAACAAGAGCAUAAUUUACUGGAAUCAGGGGUUGAAUUCGUCGCUCAAUUCGAAUUUAUCGUCUCCGAGCUUCAGCUUGCAAACUAAUGGAGUCGUGAUGCUCUUCGGUUCCACUCUCCCUGGCGGAGUGCGUUUCAUUUACAGUAGCGAUUACGGCGAAGAUGGUAACGCAUUUAGGUUCUUGAGGUUAGAUACUGAUGGGAAUUUGAGAAUUUACAGUGCUGCGAGUAGCAAUAGUGGGCCUGUGACUGUUCAAUGGAAUGCUGUUGGUGAUCUGUGUCUUGUUUAUGGAUACUGUGGAAACUUCGGGAUAUGUAGUUACAACGAUUCGAAUCCGAUCUGUUCGUGCCCUUCUCUGAAUUUUGAGCCUGUUGAUGUGAACGAUACAAGAAAGGGAUGCAAGAGAAAAGUGGAGCUUAGAGAUUGUUCUGGCAAUGCAACCAUGCUAGGUUUGGAUCAAACCAGGCUCCUGACGUACCUUCCUGACCCUAACUUAGAGCUUUUCUUCAUGGGUAAUUUGCCUUGUAGAUCAAAUUGCCUAGUAAGCAGUUCUUGUCUUGCAUCUGUUUCGAUGUCUGAUGGAUCAGGAAUUUGUUGGCAGAAACAUCCCGGUUCUUUCUUUACUGGCUACCAGACCUCCUCAAUUUCGAGCACUUCUUAUGUUAAGGUGUGUGGACCAGUAUUGCCUAAUCCGUCUUUGGGUGCAAGGAAGAGUGAUGAAAACUCAAAAGUGCAUUUAUGGGUUCUUGCGGUUGUUGUCAUAGCUGCUCUUUUAGGGUUAGUUGCAAUAGAAGGAGGUUUGUGGUGGUGGUGCUGCAGAAAUAGUACUCAGUUUGGAACUAUGUCUGCUCACUACACUUUACUUGAGUAUGCUUCUGGUGCGCCAGUGCAGUUUUCGUUUAAGGAGCUUCAGCGAUGCACCAAAGGGUUCAAGGAAAAGCUCGGGGCCGGAGGUUUUGGCGCUGUGUAUAAAGGCCUGCUCGCAAACAGAACUGCUGUUGCAGUGAAGCAGCUAGAAGGGAUAGAGCAAGGAGAGAAGCAAUUUAGAAUGGAGGUUGCCACCAUAAGCAGCACACACCAUCUGAAUCUGGUCAGGCUGAUCGGUUUUUGCUCCGAGGGACGCCAUAGGCUUCUCGUCUAUGAGUUCAUGAAAAACGGAUCUCUUGAUAACUGCCUUUUCACUUCGGAUUCAGGCAAGUUGCUGACUUGGGAGUAUCGGUUCAACAUUGCCCUAGGAACUGCAAAGGGAAUCACUUAUCUCCACGAAGAGUGCCGGGACUGUAUUGUUCACUGUGACAUAAAACCCGAGAACAUUCUCUUGGACGACAACUACACUGCCAAAGUCUCAGAUUUUGGGCUGGCCAAGCUCUUGAACCCAAAGGACAACAGAUACAGAAAUCUGAGCAGUAUCAGAGGAACCAGAGGCUAUCUAGCUCCGGAAUGGCUUGCAAAUCAUCCAAUAACCGCAAAAUCGGACGUCUACAGCUAUGGAAUGGUUCUACUAGAGAUAGUUAGCGGAAGACGGAACUUUGACAUCUCAGAGGAAGCAAACCGGAAGAAAUUCUCGAUCUGGGCUUACGAGGAAUUCGAGAAGGGCAACACAGAAGCAAUCCUUGACAAACGUUUACGCACUGAUCAAACAGUCGAUAUGGAACAAGUGAAAAGAAUGGUCCAGGCCAGCUUCUGGUGCACACAAGAGAAGCCGACACAGAGACCAACCAUGGGGAAAGUGGUUCAGAUGUUAGAAGGAAUCACGGAGAUAACCAAACCGCCGGCUCCAAAGGCUUUACGUGAAGUACCAGUUGCAGGGCACAGCUUAAACUCGAGCACCGUUUCAACGUUGGGGGCAUCGGCUCCCCCGGUUCCUUCUUCUUCAUCAUCUUCUUCUGCCACGGUGUCGUCUCAUACCGGAGGAGGGUCAUCUUCCAUGGUGGUCACUAGGAAGAACAAUGAAGGUACUUCUUCUUUGCUGAGAUCAGAAUUCUCGAAGAAGAGUGUGUCUUCUUUAUACUGAUUGGCUUAAAGUUGAAGAAGCUUUAUGAGAAGCUACUAAAAGCUUUGUUACUUUACACUUGGAUCAUUCUUUUUGCUAUACGAUUGUGUAUAUAUUUGUAGUGUAACUAUAAAAAAAGAAGAAGAUGUAUUUGUUUGGUAAUAAGAUCAUCAUAGAUCAUAAAAUGCUCUGUGAAGAAACGUUGCUCAACAGUUCAGUGUAUUUAUAUUUCAUUUACGAUGCAAAAUAAAAAGAUUUAUUCGAAUUA